AUGGCCAGCGCCAAGGACGUCCGCGACAUUCUCCAACUCGGAGCAGCGCCCUCCUCCUCCCUGCAGCCCGCCAAGCGCAGCGGUCCUCCCGGUCCGCCCACCAAGCGCCUCGACGGCAUCACCCGCGAGCUCUACGCCCUCAUCGGCGACAACGCUCCCACCCUCGCGCUCGCACAGCCUGUCAAGCCCAAGUUCAAGGAGCGCGCGAAGCGUACAAAGCCCGCUGCGCACUGGCACCUCAUCGGCUUUACGAACCCUUCGCGAGGAGCGGGCACGCCGGACGAUGGAGACCGUGCGAAGCAGGCGCGCAAGAAGCUUGUCCUGAGGCAUUGGGUGAAGGACCUACCGCAGAACUUUGUCGACGGCAUGCCCGACCAGAAGUUUGCCAAGUUCAACACGUCCAGCCAGCCGUUCUCGUACACGCCGGAGGAGUACGAUCGGUGGCUCAAGUCCGAGGACUGGUCGAAGGACGAGACGGACCACCUCUUUGCGCUCGCGCACGAGUUCGACCUGCGCUUCAUCGUGAUGGCAGAUCGGUGGGCGCUGCCAAAGGAGCGGGGAGUGGAUGCGUUGAAAGACCGCUACUAUUCUGUCUGCCGGAUCCUCGCCGCGAAUCGACCAGGCCCGGAGCCGGCGGACCAAGGGGAGAAGGAGCGGCUCGAGAAGGCGCGACAAGAAGCCGUUGCCUCGUUCAGCUUCGAUCUGAACCGCGAACUUGAGCGCAAGGCUUACGUCGCCUCUCUCCUCUCGCGCACGCCCGCCGAGAUCGCCGAAGAAGACUUUCUCUACGUCGAGUCGCGGCGAAUCGAGCAAAACUACCACAAGAUUGCAGCCGAGCGGGCAGAGCUCCUGCACCUCCUUGGCGGGCGAGACGGAAUUGGGGCAUCCGGGUCGGGCGCGCAGGGGCUUGCGGGGUUGGGGCAGGGAGGGAUGGGCGGGAAGGAGGCGGAGAGGAGGAGGAAGGGGCCGGGUUGGGAUUAUGCGGGGAGUGCGAAUGCGUUGCCGGAGGGGUGGGCGGGAGAAGGGAGCAAGCGGAGGGCCACCGCCGAAGAGGACGCGGCGAUGUGCGUCGAGCGCCACCCCGCUCCUUCCGCCGUCGCGCCCAAGGCCUCGAUGUGGCCCUCCGUCGCCGUCCGCUCGUCGCGCCUCGCGCCCGUCAAGUCCGGCAUCGCGCAAAAGGUCGCCGCAGCACUCACCGAGACCGGCCUUUCGACGCACCUCAUCAUGCCGACCAAGACCAACAUCGCCAAGCUCGACGACCUGCAAGCUGCGCUGAGCCAGAUGAUCGAACUCAAGAAGGCGGUCGACAGGAUCCAGGGCGAGAUCAGGCUCGUCAGGAAGAAGAAGAUGCAGUUGCUCGGUCAGGAGGAGCCGGUCAUCAAGGGUGAGGACGACGACGGCGACAGGGCCGCCAACAGGAACAAGCGGAGCGCGUCUGUCGCGUCGUCGACCGUCUCGACGAAGCGGGCGAGGCGGGACUGA